AUUAAACUCGGCACUGUACUCUUCACCGGUUGCUGUCCUCCGACUUCUCUGCUGUCUCGGGACCAGAUUGAGGACCAUGGGUCUGCUGGACGUAUUCUACUCUAUCAAAGGCCGAGCUGAAAAGUUUCUAAAUGAGAAGAAUGUGGUGACAGAUAUUCUGGGGAAAGUGGAGGAGAAAACUGGGAUCAAGAAGAAGGUCAUUGCUCUUGGUGCCGUCUCGCUGACCGGACUCUACCUGGUGUACGGAUAUGGUGCCUCCCUCCUCUGCAACCUGAUUGGUUUUGUUUAUCCAGCUUAUUAUUCAAUCAAAGCCAUCGAAAGUCCAUGUAAAGAAGAUGACACAAAAUGGUUGACCUACUGGGUGGUGUAUGGUGUUUUCAGCCUGGGCGAGUUCUUCUCUGAUAUUUUCCUCUACUGGUUCCCAUUUUACUAUGCUUUUAAGUGUCUCUUCUUGUUGUGGUGCAUGGCCCCAAUGUCCUGGAAUGGCUCCCAGAUUAUCUACAACAAAGUGGUUCGGCCCAUCUUCCUCCGCCAUGAGGCCACAGUAGACAACAUGGUCAGCGACCUCAGUGGGAAGGCCAUGAGCGCUGCCGAGAACCUUACCAGAGAAGUCCUGACCACUCUGGUGAAGAAUAAAGCUGUGAUCACACCAUCGCCACCGGUUGCUCAGUCUGAAACUAAAAGUUUACCAAGUACCUCAGCAGAAAUAUUUGCAGCUAAAGUUGGUCCAUCGGAGGCAAAUGAAGAACGAAAACCUUUCCUGGGUUAACCAGUUUGUCCUUUAGAUAGCAACAGGGGAAGAGGAGGAGUCUCGGUGAGGAAGAGGAGAGAGAGGGUUUUCCUCAUCAUCCUGACAGAUUCCAACAGGACGAUCACCUCUGUUAAAGAGAGACUGAUUUUCUUUUUUUUUAUCAUGUUAUAUUUGUGCAGCAGGAUGUUGUCAAAAAUUCAAACUUUGAAAACAUCUUUUUCACUUUUUUUGUUCACAUUCACGAUUUCUGGGAUCAAUGUUUUGUUUUUUUGUUGUUGAUGCAAAGCUCCUGAAUCUGGAUUAUAACUAACUCACAGUUAUCCUGGAUUUUGCUUCUGUUUCCAUUUUCAAGACCCAGGAGCUAAACUCUGCUAAAGCUAAUUCAAAUUCACACUUCACGGGAAUAAGUUAAAAGUUCAGCUUACAUUUAAAGAUUCUUUAUAAAUUAAAAUUAAAUGUUCUUUUUUUUUUUAAAGGCUGGUCUGACCUAACUUUGUGUGAGUUUUACUUUUGUGGCCUAACUAUGGGACUGUUAGCUGGCUGGCUCUUCAUCUCAAAUUGUCUUAUCAAUACUUCACAGAUGUGGCUGAUGCUCAGACCUGUUUUUUCAGACCCGGCCAGCUAAGGACUUUUUCCAUCAACAGCUCUUAAUAAUAAUAAUAAUUAAUAAAUUCUCCAAACUCUUCCAGUACUGGAUAAUCGGAGAAGCUGUCUCAUUUCUCUUACAGCUUGGUAAACAGGUAUAGGUAAAGUAGACCACUUCCUAUUUUCUCUUAUAUACACACUGUUCCAGUAGUGGAGUCUCAGCUUCAAACACUUAGGCCCAUUUAUGUAAGAUAAUCUGUGUGAAUCACAAGCUUGGGAUUCAAAGUACUCUAAACACUCAGUUUCAGACAGUUUUUCUACAUUUGGAUCUGUAUGAUGUCAGAGGGGGUUGAUAUACCUAAUAUUGUGACAGCUUUAUUGGGGCACAAAUGCCCCACCUACCUGCUGUUCAAACUUUUGUUUGGAAGGGGCAAUCAGCAAUCAAUCAGGAAAAAAAGUCCUCAAAGGGAGGGCGUCCACUUUAAAUGACCACUGUAUGUUUUAGUGCCAUCUAGUGGUUGGGUGUGAAAUAUAGAUCAAUUUUCACUGGGAAAGAUUUGACCCAAGUGGUUCUAAAGUGGGAGACUGUACCUGGAAGAGUUUUAAUUUAUGUAAGGGGUCAUUCACAAUUAUCAACACUUUUCCAAAGUGUACUAACAGUACUCUGGCACAUUACAUCCUGCCAUCUUAUCUAUAUAUUACCUAUAUUUUAAGACAAAUUUUUUUUUUGCAUAAACACUUCAUGUUUUCCUACCAAUGUCCACUCAAGUAUUUGAAAAUCCUGCCCAUCCCUACUUGUGAUGAAAUUAAGAUUACAACUUUCUCAACACAACUCGCCUCACCUGCUCCUUCCAUGUAGGAGUACAUGAAAAGUAUGAAAAUCGCUUUGCAAACUAGCAGAUGUAUUGAUUCAUCUUCUAUUAAAUGUACAAUUUCAA